AUGAAGGGCUACUCCAUACGGUCACCUCAAGACUGGGAGCUUGAUGAUCGAUCGGCUGGAUGCACAAGAAAUACUCCACUCUACUGCAACAGCAACAACAGUAGAGCCGGCGGCGAGACAGAUAAGUUCCACCCUAUGACUUCUGUCCAACUUCCCGCUGAUGCCAGGAACGUUGCGACGGCCACUACUGCAGAUGAAUGCUCAUUUGCAUGCCUGGGAAGCUGCUCCUGCACUGCAUACUCCUAUGAUCAAGGUGCCUGCUCCGUUUGGCACGACAAGCUGCUCAAUGUUCGGCAACAAGGUAACAGUGUUCUUCACCUUCGCCUCGCUGCAAAAGAAGUGCCAAGCAGUAAAACCAAUAGAAGGGGACUGAUCAUUGGUGCUGUUGUUGGUGCAAGCACUGCCGCUUUGGGUUUGAUCUUUCUGCUGAUGAUUUGGAUGAGAAAAAAUAAGCAGUAUGGUGAUGAUGCUCAGGGUGGCAUGGGGAUAAUUGCAUUUCGAUAUGCCGAUUUACAGUCUGCAACAAAAAAGUUCUCAGAGAAGUUGGGGGCCGGCAGUUUUGGUUCAGUAUUCAAGGGUUCGCUGAGUGACUCGACAGCCAUAGCAGUGAAAAGGCUUGAUGGAGUCCGCCAAGGAGAGAAGCAAUUCAGGGCUGAGGUGAGCUCAACUGGAGUCGUCCAGCAUGUCAACUUGGUUAAACUGAUUGGCUUUUGCUGCCAAGGUGACAGGAGGUUAAUCGUGUACGAGUACAUGCCCAAUGGCUCCCUGGAUCACCAUCUCUUCCAAAGCAAUGUCAUGGUGUUGGAUUGGACUACCAAGUACAAAAUAGCUCUUGGGGUUGCUAGAGUACUAGCCUACCUGCAUUCAAGUUGCCGGGACUGCAUUAUACACUGUGAUAUCAAGCCAGAGAACAUACUUCUGGAUGGGUCUUUCACCCCUAAAGUUGCGGACUUUGGAAUGGCCAAACUUUUGGGAAGGGAUUUCAGUCAGGUUGUUACCACAAUGAGGGGAACCAUUGGGUACCUUGCUCCUGAAUGGAUCAGCAGAACUUCCAUCACAUCAAAAGUUGAUGUUUACAGCUAUGGGAUGGUUCUGUUAGAGAUUGUAUCGGGCAGCAGGAAGUCGAGUAAGCAAUCAUCCUCCCGAGAUGGCGCUCAUGAAGGAUAUUUCCCGGUGCGAGUUGCACGCAGUCUUGUUGAUGGAGACGUUGCAAGCCUGGUGGAUGCAAAAUUGCUAGGUGAAGCAAAUCUGGAGGAGGUUGAAAGAGUUUGCAAAGUAGCAUGCUGGUGUAUUCAAGAUGAUGAGUUUGAUCGACCCACAAUGAGUGAGGUGGUACAGUUUCUUGAGUGUCUGUCUGAAGUUGAGACACCUCCGGUGCCAAGAUUACUUCAAGCCAUUGCAGGACAGCCAAAUCUGAAGAUAAUGUAG